CGCUCGUAUCAAUCGCCUGGCAGACGCCAUGAUCCCUCUCUACACCGGUGAGGAAUUGAUCAUUUCACUAGAAGUUUGCAAGCCAGAUAACUCGACAUGUCUGAUCGUCGAAAAGCCCGGUGCAGUCUACGCCGACUGUAUCAAUGGUGGACCCCAUACCUACUACACCCUCAUAGGAGAUACAUUCCGGUACAUUGCGCUGAAGCUCAAUCUUACGCUCGCCGCUCUCGAAUCCACUGCCCAGAUUGAAGUUAGUGACCCAGAUGCGGAGGUCGAAGCCGGCAAUUUCAUCAAGCUUCCCCAGUGUGACCCAAGUACCUGCUCUUUGCACCCCAUGGAAUUCAUCUACGGAACCUACAAGAAUAUCGCAGACAGUCUGGGUACCACUGUAGGCCAGAUGAUGGCGAUAAACCCCACGUAUAACCAUAGUGAAGGUGGUAAGGGUGAGGGUGCUGUAAUUUCUAUGCUUCACGAUUGCGAGUACACUGGGUCGAACGUCAUCGUGAUUUCCUAGAGGACUGUUCAACACUUUUAAAAGAU